AAUGCUGGCGGAUACAGUUUUGAGCGCUUUGCGUCACCUGCAACGGGUAUUGGUAUUUGUGGUGGAUUAGCAUCAAUGGCAUGGGCUACACCCGCUGUCUCAUCGCGGAAAUCUGCAUCUACUCGUAAUAUGGGACCUGAUUGGGGCCGGGCUAUAAAAACGCCCCUCGGCCAGAUGGGCUGCAGCAUUAACAGUUUACACCUCCCGGCGUGCCCAACACGUUAACAGAUUCGAUCGAAUAUUGGUUUGGAGUGGAGCUAUCAAUAUGCGUGGAUUUAUUAUUUUGGCUGUCUUAGCUGUGGCUCACGCUGAUGUGGGUGGCUACAACUAUGGAGCAGGUAUUGGAUCAGGAUCCAUCUCUGGAGGCUCUCUGUCUGGAGGUUCCAUCUCUGGAGGCUCUCUGUCUGGAGGUUCCAUCUCUGGAGGCUCUCUGUCUGGAGGUUCCAUCUCCGGAGGCUCGAUCUCGGGUGGCUCCAUUUCAGGUGGUUCCCUCUCUAGCGGUUCCCUGUCUGGGGGAUCUUAUUCCACCAGCUACGCUCCCGUGAACACCGAGUUCAACAAGGAGUUCUACACCUACUCCGCACCCGAGGCCGAUUUCGAGGACAACAGGAGUGUCAGUGAUCUGGCCACUUCGCUGAAGAAGAACCUCCGUGUGGUUUUCAUCCGAGCCCCCGAGAACAAGGGCCUGGAGAACGCCGCCGUGGCCCUGGCCAAGCAGGCUGCCGAGCAGCAGACCGCCAUCUAUGUGCUGACCAAGCAGGGUGAUCUCUCCAGCCUGGCCAACCAGCUGCAGAACCUGAACCAUGUGACCGCCAGCAAGCCGGAGGUGCAUUUCGUCAAGUAUCGCACCCAGGAGGACGCCAUCAAUGCCCAGCGCACCAUUCAGCAGGAGUACGAGCGUCUGGGUGGUUCCUCCACCUCCCACAACGGGGGCGUGGCACCCGUCCUGGACUUUGCCACCAAAGUGCAGCAGCAGCAACAGCAGCAGCUGCAGCAGGUGCAGCUGAUUGAUGAGCGUCGGGCUUCCAGCGGAAGUGUAAGCGCUGAACUGGAGGUUCCUUCGGCAGGAUAUAUUCCACCACCAGCCGCAGCGCCCAGUUCCACGUACCUGCCUGUGAACAAGGUCAAGUAGGAAGUCCGCCAGUCCACCUUCUUAGUUACGAAUUAGCGAACACAUUCUCCAUUAAGUGCUACCGUAUAAUAUAUAAACUUAACUUAA